GCGGCGCUCGAGAUUGAGCGAGACUGCUGCUGCUGCGCUCGCGAAAGAGCGGCGGAGACGGCGAGCGGCGGCGAAGCCGUCCAUGGUCCGGUGAAGCAGAAGAAAAUAAAAACAAGCUGCUCGUCCGCUGAUAUUUCCCCCGUGACAGGCUGCGGCUAGCACGAUGCCGUUAGGCAAGAGCUUUAGGAUCUACCACAAAGUAAGACCUCCGAAUCCGUACAGUGUCCUGCUCGAACAGAGAGCGAAAAAUGAGACCCUGCUCUUCGAGUCCCGCGCCGUGGCCGUCUUGUCACAACAAGAAACGGACACAGUCAAGAAGGAAUACACCAUGCUGUUGGAUGCUCAUGGGUGCUUGGGUGUUCUGCAGCUGACAUCUGGCGACGCCGUGGUGCAGCUGCUGGUCCUCGUCACGGGCUGCCAGUCGGUGGGCAAGCUGGGCGCUUCGGAGGUGUUCCGCAUCACGGACACGCUCUUCGUGUCUCUGCGCAACAACGCCCAAGACCUGGAGAAGGUGCAGGAGGUGCGCAAGGUGCUCAACGCGGGCACUUUCUUCUUCGUCUGGACUCCCUCUGGCAGCACUGGCCAGCCCCUGGACCUCACCCUGUGCGCCCAGCGGGCGGUCGUGACCAGCGACACCGACAACCGCUUCUUCUGGAACCGUACCCUGCACAUUCCCCUGUUGCGCUAUGGGGUGGACUGUUCCCGCUGGCUUCUCCGCGCCGUCUGCGGAGGCGUGGAAAUGCGCACGAUUUACUUGGGAGGCCAGCAGGCCAAGGCGUGCCUCAUCUCGAGGCUCAGCUGCGAGCGGGCAGGCACGCGAUUCAACGUCCGGGGCACCAACGACGACGGACAUGUCGCCAACUUCGUCGAGACCGAACAGGUCAUCUACCUCGAAGACCAGAUCACGUCCUACGUGCAGACCAGGGGCUCUGUUCCCCUGUUCUGGGAACAGCCAGGAGUGCAGGUUGGUUCCCACCGAGUGAAGAUGUCAAGAGGCAGUGAAGCGUCCGUGCCGGCUUUUGAAAGGCACAUGUCCAUGAUCAAGGAACGAUACGGUGAUCAAGUCAUCAUCAACCUUCUCGGCAGCAAAGAGGGGGAGACCAUGCUUACCCAGAUGUUUCAGCAUCAUCAGAAAGCGUCACGUCGAAAGACGUCGAUGGUGUCGUUCGACUACCACGCGUUGUGUCGCGGUGGGCGUCAAGACAACCUGAUUCAUCUCAAGAACCAGAUCUCUCCUCACCUGACAAGCUUCGGCUGCUUCUACUUCGAUGGUCACAGCGUGCAAGGGCAGCAGACUGGGACGUUCCGUACCAAUUGCCUGGACUGCUUGGACAGGACAAAUUCUGUGCAGACAUUCAUUGGACUGGAGGUGUUGCCGGGUCAGGUGGCAUGCCUCGGCCUCCAUGACAAGCCCCAGGUAGCCUCGAGGUUCCUGGAGGUAUUCCGGCAAAUGUGGGUACAAAAUGGCGACCAAGUGAGCAAGAUCUACGCCGGCACAGGCGCCCUCGAAGGGAAGUCCAAGCUGAAGGACGGCUCUCGGUCGAUGGUGCGGACAAUCCAGAACAACCUCCUGGACAGCAGCAAGCAGGAGGCCAUUGACGUGCUCCUCCUGGGGAGUGCUAUGUGCAGCGAGUUAGCCGACAGAGCACGGGCCCUCCUGCCCACUGCCAUGCUGCACUUGCCCCCCAGCCUGCUGAGGGCCAUGUGCGUGCGGCAGCUGGAAUACACGAUUCCCCUCAAGGCCCGUGUGACGGUGGCGACGUGGAACGUCAACGGGGGCAAGCACUUCAACAGCGUGGUGUUCCGCAACCACCCCAUGUCGGACUGGCUCGUCGACAAUAGCGCCGUCGGCGGAGGAUGCGCCUUGGUUGACGUGAGCCACCAGGUGGACAAGACUGCCACGGACAUCUUUGCGAUUGGUUUCGAGGAGAUCGUUGACCUCAACGCCAGCAAUAUUGUGAACGCCAGCUCAGCCAAUCAGAAGGAGUGGCUGGUGGAGCUGCAGAAAACCAUAAGCCGGGACCACAAGUAUGUCCUCCUCACGUCGGCGCAGCUUGUGGGUGUCUGCCUCUUCGUCUUCAUCAGGCCGGAACAUGCUCCAUUCAUACGGGAUGUCGCAGUGGAUUCAGUGAAGACCGGCCUGGGCGGCGCGGCGGGGAACAAGGGAGGUGUGGCGAUCCGCUUCCUGUACCACAGCACCUCGCUGUGCUUUGUGUGCGCCCACUUUGCGGCUGGGCAGUCCAAGGUCGCCGAGCGUAACGCAGAUUACGCCGAGAUUGCGCGCAAGGCCUCUUUUCCAAUGGGCCGUACCCUGAACUCGCACGACUACGUGUUCUGGUGCGGGGACUUCAACUACCGAGUGGAUCUGGAGAACGAUGAUGUCAAGGACCUGGUUCGGCAGGGCAACUGGGCCGAGCUGCUCAAGUACGACCAGCUCAGGGUCCAGCAGCAGCAGGGGCAGGUGUUCAAGAACUUCCUGGAGGGGGAGAUCAACUUUGCCCCAACGUACAAGUACGACCUGUUCUCGGACGACUACGACACGAGCGACAAGUGUCGGAUCCCGGCCUGGACGGACCGCAUCCUCUUCAGGAGGAGGCGGCUCUUCUCCGAGGCCGAUGAUCCCUUCUGGAGUCCGGGACGGAUAGCACACUAUGGAAGGGCGGAGCUAAAGACGUCGGACCACAGGCCAGUGGUUGCGGACAUCGACAUUGAGGUGUGCCGCGUAGACGAAGCGGUCCGGGAGCAGACCUUCCAGGAGGUCAUCGAGGUGAUGGGGCCUCCAGACGGCACGGUGGUGGUGCGCGUUGACGAGGAAGGCGGCUCCUUCGACGACCACUUCCUCUCCGCUCUUGUCCACGCCUUCUCAUCAUUCGGGGAGGUCGUCCUCAUCAGGUUUGUGGCCGAAAUGCUCUGGGUGACCUUCUCGGAGGGGCAGAGCGCCCUGGCAGCCAUUCAGCUGUCUGGAACGGAGGUGGAUGGACAUCGCGUUGCGGUCACCCUCAAGACUCCAGAGUGGACGCGGGCCAUCGACCAGGAACUGAAGCUGUGCUGCAACAACACAGUUCCGCUCGCGGAUCUUUCCUGCCAGGAGGCGGAGGACGACAUCACGCCACCGGAGUCGGACUUUGCAGCCGCGGAUGACUGGUCGAACAACUAUGACUGCCAGUCUCAGUCGUCGUCAGGCCGAAGCAGCCCGUCGUUCGCCAGCGAGACAGGAUUGGCCGACGGGGUGCUGGCUCCUCCCCCUCCCGUGCCGGGGAGAGCCACGCCCACGGCGAACCCGCCCAGCAGGCCGCCGCCUCCCCAGAGGCCGCCUCCCCCUCAGAGGCCUCCGCCCCCUCAGAGACCUCCCCCUCCGCCGGAGCCGGAGGUUAAACCCGCCACACAAGAGCAGACUGCAGUGACUUCGCUGCCGCCACGACGGGUUCCGCCCCCUCGACCGGUGCCGCCGCCCAUCAGGCCCCCGCCACCCGCCUCUGUUGCGGCGUUGGAGGAAUCAAACGGGAGUGCCCCGCCCCCGGACACGCCCCCUCCUCCGCUGCCACCCCCUAGGGUUGACUCGUUUGAGAAGAGCCCACCGGAGCCCACCAACGGUAUCGAAGACGCCGAGGAAGAGGCUCCCUCGUCUCCAUGGCAGACACUUCCGCCGGCCCCGCCUCCUCCGCUGCAAGCCCCUCCCCUUCCGGUAGAGGCCACACCCACUCCUGCCCAAGCCACACCUCCACCAACACAAGCCCCACCCUCUCUCCCACAGAACUUCCCCACACAUCCUUACGUCCCACCUCCUCCUGUGCAAGCUCUGCCUGCUCAGCCUGCUCCCCCAGCUGCUCCUCCUUCUUUUUCACAAGCUCCGCCCUUACCGGCACAACCCCAUGUCCCACCUCCGCAUCCCCAACCUCCUCCCCCAACAGAGGCUCUGCCCCCAUUUCCCCAGGCUCUGCCUCCUGCGACGGAAGCUCCACCCCUUGCACCGCAGGCCCCGCCCAUUCCGUCGAGGCCCAAGGUGAUGGCCCCCGUCUGCAUGCAUGCUCCGGAGAUGAGGCCGCCUCCCAUUCCAGCGAGGUCACGGGUCAACUCGGGUCCUCCCGUGAUUGCGAGGCCAAACUAAGAUGCCGUGCUUCUUUCAUUGUUGUCACGCUGUUUGUUAUUGACCCCGCCCUUCUGGGGUCGGUUUCGUGAUAGCUGCUGUUAACGUCCAGACUUGCCCUGGGUUUAACUAUUUGAGGGUGGUCAUCGAAACUGAUGGCAGGCGUGGAUGCAGUUCAGUUGUCUCCUUCACAUUGGACGGCUUUUCGACAGGUCGUCGCAAUCCCCUUACUGGGUAGACAGGCACAGCAGGCAGCGGUUGUAUAGUUGUAUCUAUCGUUUUGAGCAGUCGUGGUUGUCGUUUCCUCAUUGUUGAUGCCCUGUCUCGUGAAACGCAAAGAAAGACUCGUUCCCGCCACCCUAAUGUCCUUUUCUAGUCAAGCCAGUGGUUUCUCAUUUCUCUGCGGUUUUUGAGGGGUUGUACAAAUCUUUCCGCUUUACGAGGCUUUGUUUCGGCCGAUGCUCAUGUUGUGAAAUCGAUACUAAAAAGCUUUUGGCACGAUUCGAGCUUGGCUUUUUUAUUGGCUACAUCGAAAUUUGACUGUGAACAUUCCUGUUGUCUUUGGCUAUAUGAUCUGCAAGGGGCACAUUCAGGGAAAUGUUUUUUUCUCUGGACUUUCUCCACUUCUUUACUCCUGUUUGAUGCAUGAUACUGGUUUACCACUUUGAGUUAUCUUGCAGUGAUUUGUUAAAAUGAGCACGGCAUUACAUUUACUAAGCCUGUGGCUCAGAUUGGAAGUUGUUUUUCAUGUAAUGUAGAUAUGUGAAGCGGCAACUUAAAGUGGUCCUGUCUAGAUGUUUCAUAAGCAUGUGACAAAUAUAUAAUAUAUUUGCUACCUAGUUCAACCUCUUUGCCACUUGGUGUAUGCUUUAGACAAAAGUUUGUUUGGACGAUAUGGUUGCAUAUUUACGUAGCUCUUUUCUAUGUUGUAGCUGCACUGAUGCAACUUGUGGGUUGCUGCCUUAUAGCUAGCCAACCUUUUCAAUGUUGUUUGAACAGUUUGUUGAAGUAAUUGACUGCUGCUAGUACGUAAUAGCUUGCUUCCAAACAAAUCCUAAAUUAUCAUGCAGCGAGCAAUGCUUUCAGUACCCAUUCAGAGCCAUUCUGUUAAAGGGGAGAGUUUAUGAAGUAGCCUUAAUUUUUAUACCCCGGCUUUUCUGACUUUACGAUGUAACUACUCAUGGAUAUUGUUUUCUGCCUCGUGUACGGAGAUAGAAGUUUUUAGUUUAGCUCUCUGAUUGUGCUGUUGUAGGCAGACCUUUCUGCUUGAAUGGACUAACUGGCUUGUAUACCUGUUGCACGCACUAUCUUACAGUUGACUCAUGCUUGUUCAGCUUGAUGUGCUAGCUGAGCCCGUUGCCACUUUUUGACGCUCGGAUUCCACUGCGGCCAUUUUGAAAAGGUUACAUACGGUUUUGUCGUCUAUGAAGUAGACAUGGAACCUGCCGAGACGACGUGACUUGGCUAAUAUGUGCUCCUUACACACGUAGCCGUUCGGGUAUGAAAGACGGUAAUUGUACGCUCCAAUAGAAAAACGACAUUGGGACUGUAAGCUUUGUUUUCUUAAACUCAGAGUUAUAGAGGUAGAGUGCACCCCAAACUUAAUGCCGCCUCUGGGUUCCCAAACAUUGAGCUUGUGUCGGCUACUUACUGUUAAAUUUGGCACCAAAAGGUUUGGGAUGCCUUCUCAGGGUGGCACAGAAAUCGGGAACCCAAAUAUUCUUGAGAUGGUUUAUUCGGCUGCCGCAGGGACUGUCAGAAAUCGCAAAUGCUGUAGCGGCGUUAAGUUUGAGGCGCACUGUACCUAUAGAGGGUGUGCAAAGUGGAUGUCACACUCUAAAACGAGCCGUAAAAAUUGCUGCCUGCACAUGUCAAGCUCAAACUCUCAUUUAAUGUGCGUUGAGGUGGUGCAUUUUACUUUGUCAAAUUUCUAGGUAUAGUCUUUCUCUUGUAAAGAAAUUAAACCAACGAACUUACUAAAGUCAAUGGCGGGCAUGUUUGCAGACAACCUAUUUGGUGAUGAAUGUACCUUCUGGUGCCAUCUCCUUCUAGGUGCAGUGAGCAGACGACUCGGUUUGUUGUCUGCUAGCCCCGCCAAUCGGGAGAUGGCGCCACAAGUUGCACUCAUCGCCAACUCUGUCGUCUGCAAAUGCGCCCACCAUUGACUCAAGUUUGUUGGUCUAACUUUUUUACAGGAAGGGAACUAUGCAUUGAAAUUUCCGAAGGUAAAAUGCACCACCUCAAUGCACAUUCGGUAAAAGUUUGAGCUUUCGAUGUGCUGGCACCGAUUUUGAGGGCUCGUUUUACAGCGUAAGAUCCGCUGUGCACACCCUACACACAUCUUUGCUGUUAGCAGAGAUUUGUGUAGGGUCCCUCCACAAAAGCAUUCUUACAUGGAGAAUGCUUUUGUGGAGGGAUGUGUGCGAUGUUGGCAAUCAACAGAAUUAGCAGCCCCUACCCCCUUGAAGUCCAUCAUUUACACGAACGACGGGGAGCCGAGGGGAAUGCCAGUGUUAUCAGACGCACUUAAAGGCCCGUUCACACUCUUGCGACCUCUUAAAACUGGGUUCCUUGAAACCUCUUACAACGAGAGGACAGACUGGCGCCAUUUAUUGGGUAGCAGUGUAAACUUGGCGGUCCGGCAUAUUUUCUAUUUCUCUCGCGCAUUAUCCUUUCUUUCUUGGCUCGAAAAACUUUUGUUAACGUUAUAAACGAGCCUUUCUUAUAGGUAUUACGCACAUUUGACCUCGGAAAUACCGCAAAAUCUUCACUGUUGUGAAAUGCAGUUCCAGGGUCACCGCAUAGAUGGCACCACUGUGCCAGUAUGUUCUCUCGUCCGAAGAAAUUUUCGGAGGUUUUAACAACUUGGUCUCUCUCGGUCGUACUCGGUUGCAAGAGUGUGAACGUGCCUUAACGGUCGCACUCUUGACAACAGGGCUCCGUAUGCACUGACAGGAGUAGAAAAAUGGAAACGUACCUGAAACGGCGAGAUCUGAUUAUGGGGCUGUUAGAUGCAGAAGGCGACAAACUGUUUCCUGCUAAACCCUGUCGUAUGAGGAGCAACUUGACGGCACUGAUGAAUAUAGAAGACUCCUUCGGGUGCCUCAGACGCCAUGCGCGACAGCGCAAGUCACAACAAGUUAGGUAAUCUCUGUGCCACCGCCGGUAUCCCACAGAGCAAAAUUUGCAAAGUUGCCAGGUACGCGAUGCUUGCCAAGUUUAAAACCCCAAACCACCUUUUCAAAAUGGCCGCUUCAGGAUCGUGAGCUUGGGUUGCUUUUCUGCCGUCGCUUGCCUCUCGGUAGAGCCCGUACCGGCCUUCCGAGAAGUUGCGCGUGUCUAGUCUUUCCAAAGCGGACUCAGCGUGAGGUUAGCAUUAGCAGUUGCCUAUUAGCUUGCGAGCCCGAAUACUCCCGUUUGUUUCACCUACCCCCAUAGCCGUGUCGCAGGUGACCAUUAGCGUAACCGUGGCGUCGGCAAUAAUAUAUGUUGUAUAAUAUUGGAAAACAUGCUACUACUACGUGUAUAAUAUAUGCAGUGUUGAAGGACGUGAAAAAAAAAAAAGAAAGAAAAACAAUGUCGCAUGUUUUUGUAGCAACUUUGGCCUGGUGGAGAAGGCAGGAUGUUAUUUAUGUUAUGGAGUCACAGUUUUUUUUUUGUUUUCAUGGAUUUGAUGUGAAGUGAUGGAUCUUUUUUUUUUUAAUAAAGAUGUAUCUUUAUAUAUUUUGGUGUAGUC